AGUUUGACAAUCUCAGUUCACGAUCUCACAUCAAUCGAGAACAUUGUUCAGUGCCUUAUCGUGCAUUUUCUGCAAGUCGAUUGAAUCGAGAUCGUCAUUGAACUUCGAAAAUUAACCGCAAGAAAUUCGCGAUAAUAAAUUCAAACAUGUUUAUCAAAAAAGUUUGCUUCAUCUCAGCUAUCUUCGCUCUCACUUCGGCCGCUCCAAAAAGGACAUCCAGGUCAACGGUACCAAUUUGGCAUAUGCCAUGCGGCGAAGGUUCCGAUCUGGAAAUUACUUCAUCGGAGCAUUUCGAGGAAGACAUAAAGUCCAACUUCGAGAUUCUUAGAUUGCAGCAUCAGCUGACAAUGAGUGACUAUUUGAAUCGAGACUAUGAGUACUUGUACGAGAGAGUUAGAAUCGGCAUACGCGAUCACCAAUACAUACCCAACUGGGUGCCCGGCAAAAAGGAUACGAAUCUUGUAAGAAGAUUGGCCGAUGCUGAUUCUCAAACGAUUGUUAACCAUUUCCCGAAAUUGCACAUGGAUCUUCAAAAGUUUGCCGUGGCGUUCGAAGAACUGAUCGAGGAUGAGCCUAACUCUGAUAUUCAGAAUGCUCUUAGAACGACUCAAUCAUAUUUGAUGAUGAUGCUAUGCGAAGUUGAAAGUCACAUUAUCGCUCUGUCGUCCUUACAACUACCGACACGCGUCGAACGAAGCAUCAUGAGCAGUAUCGAGAGAAACCCCGUUGAUGAUACGAGGAGACUCGUCAGGGACUGGGGCGUACUUCUUAAAUACCGAGACUAUCUACACGCUUGGAGGCAUGUAUUCAAUUAUUAGAGAUGAGAAAAAACAAGUAUUAGAACACGAGUCAGCGAUCAAUCUCAUCCGGAGAUGACGUACGAGGAGAUGCAUCGAGCUAUCAGAAAGUAUAUACGACCGAUGCAAAUUGACUUAACACCUGCCGCGACUAGAGUCAUAAAAGGACGUCACUAUCUGCAUGAUCGUGCAAUAAACGUUAAUGCUAUUGACAAUAAUCGUUGGUCACGUAGAGGCUAUUACAAAAUUAGAAAUUACGACUUUGCUUUAGUCAUUAUCAUAGAAAUUUUUUAAAUUAUUUAUUAAAGUUAUUUAUUUAUUAUCAUAUCUCAUACUGAACAUCUAGAGAGAGAACAUAAUAUUUAUUCUUAGAUGUAACGAAAUAUUUAUUAAUUAUUUAUUCAAAUGACAGUACCUUUAUUAAUUGUAAUGUUAUGCAACCAAUAUCAUCAAAUAUUCGGUUGCAUUUUGUGAUAAUCAGUCACACAGCGACAAUCAUAUUUUAUUGUACUUUUGUGACAAAUGAUUGCUAAUAGCGAUAGAAUUAUUUAUGAAAAACAUUAUUUGUAGAAAAAUCUCAAUCUCUAUAUUUCAUGCAGUAUUAUAUGUAUUUAUAAUUUUAGCACAAAAUGUAAUUAUAUAUAUAAAAUGUAUAUCUAAUAAUUUAUUUAUAAACUAUUUUAUACAAAAAUUUUCAACGAAAACAAUAAAUUAUUUAAUAUAUUUA